AUGGCGCACCUACCGGACACGCCUCGCACCGAGGUUGGCGAUAUGACGCGCUUUACAGUCAACGAGCCCUCAUUCAGCAUGGAGGAGACAUUCCAUGCGCCGACAGACCGCGACAACCUCUUCAAACAGAUGGGCGGUGCCCGAACCCCCCGACAGCCGCUUGCAGCCCGACGCCAACAAACCGCGAAGAACGAAUUCACGCCCAUGCUGAAGAGCGCAACCGCGAACCGCACGCGCCAGGUCAACGGACUGCUCGACGGCAAGAUUACGACGCCCGCCGCGAUGAAGCCAGGCUUCCAAGUGAGCAACACGCCGCUGCCCGAGGCGAGCAUGUACGACAUACAGUCCAGUUCCUUCGCCGACUCGGUGGAUGGCCGGACACAGCUGCCAGAUCCCAGCUCGAGUGCUAUGAGCACCCCCACCGCGCUACCGAGGAGGGCAGAAGGCGAAAUGGAUAAUGGAAACGGCAACGUGCUCACUUUGAGGGAACAGGAAGCUCGUCUGGAGCAGAUAGACAAGGAAAAUUUCGGACUAAAGCUCAAGAUCCACUUCCUCGAAGAGAACCUGAAGAAGAUGGGCCCCGAGUUCAACCGACAAGCCAUGGAGGAGAACAUUAACCUUAAGUCGGAGAAGGUCACGAUGGCGCGCGAUAUCAAGAACUACUCCAAAGACCUCAAAGCGGCCGAGAGGGAACUAGACACAUACAAGCAGCAGCUACGGGAAUACGCUGAGAAGAUGGACGAGCUCCGACGGCUAUCCGACGAACGCGCAGCGGAAGUAGAGCGUCUCGAAAGGAAGCUGGAAGAAGAGAGCGGCGACAGCGAGGAGUUGGACAAGGUCAGAGCAGAAAGAGACGAGAUGCUAGACGACCAGGACGAACAGAUCAAGGACUUGGAAGAGAAGCUGAAGAAUGCGCAAAACUCUCAGGACCAAGCCGAACGCAUCACCGAGUUGGAAGAACAGCUGCAAUCGGCCAAGCAGUCGCAAGAAGAAGACACCGCAGAAAAGGAGCGGCAGGAACAACUUCGUGCUGUCGAGCGCGAAAAGGAUGCUGAAAUCAACGCCUUGAAGUCCAAGCUCGAUAGCGCUGACGACAGCAAGGACCAGGAAAUUCGGGAGUUAAACGAGAGCCUGGAUGAAGCCGAACAUGAUCUCGAGGUCGCAGAGGAGCAGAAACGCCAGGAACUCUCUCGCGAAAAGGAUGCUGAACUCCGAGAGCUACAGCGGCGCCUCCAAACCAUUCAGAACGAGAAGGAGGCUGAAAUGGAUGCGCUGCGCGAACGUUUGGAGCUCGCAGAGUCUCAAGGAGACAACCAGGUUCAAUUGGCGCAGCAAUCCGCCAACGAUGCCAGACAGAAGGUGGUCGAGAUUACUCGUGAAAAGGGCAUUGAGAUUGAACUCCUCCAGUCGAGGGUUGAUGCUGCUGAAUCCAGAGCCGAUGAGCUGGACGACUUCCGGAAGCAACACCAAGACGCUAUGCAGCAGAUCUCACACCUACAACGGGAAGCAUCCGCAUACGAACAGCAGUUGCAACAGCUUCGACGCGAAUUGAAUCAGAAAGACCGCGAUCUGGAUGGGUUGGAAAGAGAGCUUACCGGCCUUCGCUCAAACCUCAACAGCAAAGAUGCUCAGGUGCAGUCGCUCAACAACGCCAUACGAGAACGUGACAAUCUUCGCCGUGAGCGCGACAACUUGGUUUCCAAAUUGUCGAGCAAGGAUGAGCAAGUGGAGGUUUUGCGCAGAGGCAACAACGACCGCGACACAUUAGUAGCUACCCUGCGGCAGGAACGUAAAGACAUCGAGAGCGAACUGCGCAACUUACGGUCCGCUGUAUCCGGCAAGGAUACCCAGAUCGAGGCGCUUCAGAAGAUCACGCGCGAACGGGAUGCACUAUCUCGAGAUCUUUCAAACUCGCAAUCAACAUUGCAAGCUCGUGAGCGCGACAUCGCCGGCCUGCAAAGGAAGAUUGAAGCACAAGAGACAACGCUCAAAGAACUCAAGCAGCUUAGGAACGACCUCAGUGACAGGACCCGGGAGCUGGAUACGGCGCGAAGAACGAUAACCGAGCGCGAGGCCGAGCUUGACGCGUUACGGAGCCAUGCCGACGAGCCCGAUACUCAGAUCGAUGUUAUGCAGGACCUAGUACGCAAACGCGACGACGAGCUUGAGAACUUGCGCGACGAGCUGAACGAGCAGAGGAGCCAGGUUGAUGCUCUACAACGACUUGCAGAGGAGCGCUUGGAAGCACUUGAAGAGCUCAAGGAGAACGCUCGCCGGGAGAAGGAUGACUUCGAAGCUGAAAUAGAAGUUCUGCAAGAGGAUGCCGACGAAGUCGCUGAGGAGAAGGCCUCACUCGAAGAGAAGAUCACCGUUCUAGAAUCCAUGAUACGCGAAAAGGAGAGUGAAAACGGAGCCCUGCAAUCUCAAACCCGUGCGGCACAGCGCGAACAAGAGACCGCUCUUAAGAACCAAAUUCGCGAUCUUGAAGGACGAAUCCGCGACAAGGAUGCUCAACACCGCAAAUCUUUGUCUGAAGCCAAGUCGACAGCACGGGAACAGCAAUCCGCCCUUGAACGUCAACUGCGAGACCUACAGUCCCAUCUCCGUGAGAAGGAAUCACAGCUCCGUCUUAUCCAAGCCUCGUCGAAAGCCAUUCAACAAAAGGCCAACCAGGAUGCAAUUGAUCUGGACGAACAGGCGGAAGCCCUUACGAAACGCCAUAUCAAAGAGAUCAACGGUCUCGCCAAGCAGAUCCAGUUCCUUCGCGCACGAUGCUCGCGAGCAGAGGCGUUCCGGGAAGCCCUUGGGUACCAAAAGAAGUUCUUCUUGAUGCAGAUUCAGACUUACAAUGAAUGCAAUCAAGAAGACCUCAAUCUUAUCUCUCAGAUGGGCAUCACCCCCGACAUCACCGUCCACGACCGUCGACCCAAGCUCAAAUCCGCAGCUCUCGCUGUCAUCGCCGCCAUUCGAAUGCAAAAGCUGGCCGAUGGGUGGGCCCAGAACAGGAAAAUACAUGAGCAGCUUAAGGCGAAGUUGGAAGGUAUGAGGCGGAACAGUGGAAGGGGCGCGGGUAUGCCGGCUAGCGCGAGGAAGAACUUGGGAGCUUCACAUUUGAGGAUUGCGAGGUAG